AACCCCCGGGGAUCACAGCGGGUAAUUAGCUGCCGGGUCUCUGGUCCCUGUCACCGCGUGGCUUCAGUCUGUCGCCACGCGCUCAGGGGCAAGUCACACAAUCAGUUCGUCCUCCACAAGUCGAUUGACGAGCUAUCUCCUACUUUCUACUGCCCCUCCAUGCCGCGUUCACCCAAGAAACCGCGCCGUUGUGCCGGCUGCGGAGACGCUCUGUCUUCUCACAAGGCGGGUCAGGCCGGCGCAGACUGCAAAGGUACCGGCCAGACGAAUUCCCCCGCUGCCCCGCUCACUAUGGCGGACCUCAAGAAACGGAAGGAAGAACUGGAAGCAGCCAUCCAAGAGGCCGAGCUCCGACGAGAGGUAGAAUCCCUCGAGAAGAAGUUACAGCUGCUGCAGUCCCCCUCGGCUCUCCCCCCCUCCUCGGGAGGUACGGGUGCUCCGGUUCCCCCAGCCGCUGCUGUCCCGCCGACGACUGGCGCGGGACAACAAGCUGCGGUCCAACUGGGCCCGGGAGACAUAACCUUGGACACCCUUCGGCAGGACGCUGAGUUGCUGGCCAAGGUGACCAAGAAGUUCCCGGAGCUCGCCUCCACCGAGCGGACGGCGGAAGCCAAGCCUACAGGCUCCGCCUCCGGACUGUGGCUGUUGGAUCAACAGGUGGCAGCUGCAAAGACAUCUGCCUUCUCCGCUGGGACGUACAACAAUCUCCGGACUCAGUGGCGCUCUUUCCUUCUCUUCUGCGAAUAUUAUGGUCUUCCGGCGCUGCCCACCACAUCUGCUACUCUCGCAAGGUACGCGCUGUUCCUCUCUAGAUCGUGCAAGAGCCCGAACACGGUAAAAAUCUACGUUCAUGGAGUACGGCAACUACACCUGUUCUACGACUUUCCCCCGCCGCCCGACAGCGCCUUUGAACUUAAACUGGUCUUCAUGUCCUUAGCCAGGCACUCUACUCAUACUCCGCAACAGAAGCUACCCAUCACACCGGAGAUUCUACUGUCGAUCAGGUCUCUGCUGGAGCUUCGGCGUCCAUUACACGCGACCCUCUGGGCGGUCUUCUGCAUAGGUUUCUUCACGCUACUCCGCAAGUCCAACUUAGUCCCUCCCUCGCGGGCGGCCUUCUCCGCUGACAAACAUCUCACUCGCGCUUCACUUCAGCUCACCCCAGACGGCUUGAUCGUUCGGAUCACGUGGUCAAAGACUCGGCAGUUCCGACAGAAGGUUCUGCAACUUCCGGUGGCAGCCAUACCGGGACAUCCGCUCUGCCCGAGAGCGGCCUACCUGCAUAUGACUCACCUCCUCCCCGCCUCGGGUGAUUCCCCCGCGUUCCUCGUCCCCGGUAGCGACGGCAGUCUAGUGUCCCUCACACAUUCCACCCUCGUUUCCCACCUCAAGACUUUACUACAAGCUGCGGGCUUCCCCUCCAACAAAUUCUCCGGGCACAGUUUCCGACGCGGGGGCGCCACCUUCGCCUGGCACUGCGGUGCGGACCCCAGACCAUCAAACUUUAUGGGCCGACUGGUCCUCCGACGCCUACGAGGUCUACCUAGAUUCCUCCCUGGAACAGCGAUGGUCCUUCAGCAAACACAUCUCCUACUCCAUCUGCCAGAGCCCCCCCAGCUCCGCCUCAAAACCCCCCUUGUCCCGCUGAUCGCCGCCAUACGACAUUACAGCCUUUAUCUUGUUUUAGUUAUUAGUAUUAGAGUUAGUCUUGUUCUUCAGUUUAUUUGUAUCGUUCAGUAUCGGAUUACCAAGCAUUUGUUCUCUAGACUAACGCUUGAAUUGUUUUGUACAUGCAUAUCGUUUUUUGACUUUUAAUUUCUGUAUGUUAGGCAGUGUUAAACUCAUAUUUCUUGUUGUAAUUCCGAGUUGUUGCUUUGAUAGUACCUGAUCUCCGGGCUUCCAAACCUCCCUUCUCUGCACGCCUACUCUCGCCUCUCCCCUUCGCCUCCCGCUGGGUCUGGUCCUGGUGAUUUGAGCUCGUGUUUUUCUCGCUCAUUAAAGUUUACCAGCCCAGCUCAGUGUUUGUCAUUCAAUGAUUCAUUCAAACUACUAGUAUAGGGAGAGAAGCGUGCAGAUAAUUGUGGGUCUGUGGAACCCCCGGGGAUCACAGCGGGUAAUUAGCUGCCGGGUCUCUGGUCCCUGUCACCGCGUGGCUUCAGUCUGUCGCCACGCGCUCAGGGGCAAGUCACACCCGCCCACCUCACCCUUGUGAUUUGAGCUCGUGUUUUUCUCGCUCAUUAAAGUUUACC